AUGUCGCGAAAUCUAUCAACAACAUCUACUCUCCCAGCUCGAGAAAGAGAGUCCAGCAUUGUGCAAAGAGCUAACAGAGCGCCUUCUGCCAUUUCGACGCAGCAACAGCCAGUCGCUACUGAUGUUGUGAUACCUUCAAACCUUUUGGCCGCCAUCACAUCUGGACCUUAUAUUUCGAAUCCAAAUCAGUUCGAGAACAAAGACGCCUCAGACACUUCUAACGAUUUCGAUGUUCGUCAGAUAGCACAGCAGCUACAGGGAGAGACAUCCCGUAUCCUUGCGCGCUCCACCAGCGUAUCGAUUGCCGGAAUCAACCGAAACAAUGUGCGGCAAGACUUACCAGAGUUUCGCAAGACCAGCCUGGAACCCAACUUUGAUUCGAGCCUGAGGAACCGAUUGAAUCGGCAGCAAUCAGAUCCAGGACGACAUGGGCUUUCCACCGUGGUGGAAGGAAAAGUCAUUACAAAUGAGAAGCGGGCACCCACUAAUGACUACUUUGGCGACUUUGCUUUCGGAACCCAAGGUCCUCGCAUCCCACAGCGUACUUCAUCAGACCAGAGCGUAUCCAGGAAGGCACGUAUAGACGAACCGAGCCCAACUCAUCCAAACCCCAUGCGACCAGUGGACAUGAGUCUCUCGCACGAUAUCAACAUCAAUCGCAUCAGCGCAGAAAGACCUCGACGAUCUACAGCAGCUGGUGAUCGCAAAGAGAGUAUCGUACAGCAGUCUGCCGCGAUCGUACUGGAUACUGUGGAGAACGUCAAGCAGGCUAUAAGGAGGAGUAGUAUCUACGAUGUCUACGAAAAGGCGAAAAAGCGAGGUGCAGAAUUGCAAAGAAGCACUUGGGCCAUGAAGCUUUUCGAAUACACCUUCUACCUUGUACUGGUCGCCUUUGUCUACUUUGUUCUGAUCGGCGUGCCCUUGUGGAAAGGAGCCGUUUGGUGGUUGUACUGGGUCUUUGAACACAAAUUUGCGAUUGCUGGAACAUGGUCCAUUACCAUUGGCAUCGCUUUCCUCUAUGCCUAUACCCCCCUCCUUGUCUUCUUCGAGAAAGACCCACCUAUGCCUGCCGAUAUCAACAACAUCGACCCCAACCGAACGCCACGCGUCCAUAACACAGCGUUGAUGAUACCAUGUUACAAGAGUGCGAAGAUCAUCGGACCGACACUAGAGGCUGCCAUAAAGAUCUUUCCGCCCUCACACAUUUUCGUCAUUGCGAAUGGAAACAGUCCGACACCACUUGACGAUACAGAGCUAGUGUGCCGCCCAUACGGAGUCAAUCACGUCUGGUCGCCCGUAGGAUCCAAGAUUGUAGCUCAAUUUGUCGGAUGCUACGCCGCUCGGGGUUUCAAAAAUGUUCUUCUUAUCGAUGACGACUGUGCACUGCCGCCGAACUUCCCUAUCAUUAGUGAGAGGAUGACACCGCAUAUCAAAUGCAUCGGCUACACAAUCAAAUCCGUCGGACCCGAAUCAUCACGCGGUACACUAUGUCAACAAGCUCAAGACUUGGAAUACAAGAUCAGUGGUAUACAACGAGCUCUGGCCGGAUAUGUUGGCUCAGCUACCUUCCCCCAUGGAGCAAUCUCUCUCUGGGAUCGCGAAUUCUUGAUUCAGACCUUCUACAAACAUCCAGGCUUCAGCGUCUCGGAAGACUGGUUUUUCGGUCACGUAGCCAGACAGUUGGGCUCCAGGAUCACCAUGUGCACAUCCGUGUUUAUCGAGACCGAGACACCCGAUGCUGUCUUCUUCAGCUCCGGUGGUGCAAGAGGUGGCUUUGGCGAAAUGACAAUUUUCAAGCAACGAUUCCUCCGCUGGAAUUUCUUCUUCGUUAAUGGCAUGUACUACAACAUGGCAUAUAUCCUCGGAUCAUGGCAGUUAGGCUUCUGGGAAAUUGGAGCAAAACUCUUCGUGUUUCAGGAAGUCUACGAGACAUUGCUGUAUCUCUUUACACCAUUUGUGUUGCCAAUCUCCAUCAUUGUGCGACCAGCUUUCUUCGGAUACCUCUUUGCAGGCACAUUUGUGUUGUACUUCCUCAACGCUAUCAUCUUCAACGAGCUGCAUCUAAGGUUGAAGAAGGAGAGAGUAGGAUCAGUAUGUCUGUACCUCUACUACAUGCCCUACAAAAUUGUCCUCACCUUCAUUAAUGUCGGGAGUUGCUACUGGUCUCUCUACAAAUAUGCACAGUACUUCGCUCGCCGCCAUCCCAAGAUCGUGGAAGACGAAAAGGCAGUUGAUGUAGUGUUGCGCAUGGAAGAGCAACAUGAUACUCUCGCCGAUCAAGGUCGACGCAUGACAAUCACAGCAGUCGGCGCACAAGUCCAAGGAACAAUGACCGAGCAAACACCCUCUGGACCCACAGAGAGAAAAAUGACAGUCACCACGCUCGGUCCAAAACUAGAUGUCCAACCCAUGUCGCCAGUUAUGGAGCAACCAGAGCAAUUCGCUCCUGCCAUCAGAUUACAAGGCGAACGCGUCAGCUUCGGCUCCAGCCGCCGCAGCACCCAUUCCAACACUAGAAUCGAAAGGCUACCUCGUCAAAACUCUGAUGGUGUAUCGCCGACGCGCAAGCCCAGUAGUGUCGAGUCACCGCUUAAGUCACCAACAUCGCUUACUCAAGUCAUAUCGGCAGAAGACACUGAUAGACGCUCUCUUGAUCGUGUCAGCUCCAGACGUUCAGCACGUUCUUCAUCCCUCCGCCGCUCCACCUCACUCAACCGUGAAGUUUCCGCCGAAUUCACAUCUCCCGGCUUUGAGGAGCUAAUGGAUCGUCUCGCAUUGAUCGAAGAGCGAUUGAACCCGCAAACUGUUUCCGCGAUUGAAGUGUCAAUUGCAGAGAACAUUCUACCUACGGUGCCUGAGGUCGAUAGCUCGGCGUAUACUGAAGGUGUCGAGGAUAAUGGUGGGAAAGCAGAUGAAGAGGAAGAAGGAUAUGAAUUGUGGGAUUUGGAAAAGAUGGAUACGGGAAAGACUGAAGAUUCGAGGAGUAUGGUAUAG